GAUUAUUAUGGCUAAGAUUGCAGCACUACCAAUAGUGGGGAUGGUGCUAGCUGAGUGUGCCCAAGCUGGGUUAAUGAUAGUAAGCAAAGCAGCCAUGUCUACUGGCAUGAACAUGCUCAUCUUUGUCUGCUACUCCAAUGCUCUUGCCGCCUUUGUUCUUCUCCCAACUUCUCUACUCUUUCACAGAUCAACAGAGCGGCCUCCGAUCACUUUCUCUAUUCUCUGUUGGUUCUUCUUGCUGGGUUUACUUGGGUUUAUGGCUCAGUUAAUUGGGUAUGCUGGGAUUAACUACAGCUCUCCUACUCUUGGCACGGCUAUGCUCAACCUAAUUCCAGCUUUCACUUUUGUACUUGCUGUUAUAUUCAGAAUGGAAAAAAUUGAUGGGAGAAGCUGCAGUACCCUAGCUAAAACCUUGGGAACAAUAGUUUCAAUAUCUGGGGCUUUCAUUGUGACUCUUUACAAGGGACCCCCACUUUUGAUGACAGCCUCAGUUGAUAUGUUGUCUCACAAUCAACUUUUCUUGCCACAGUCGAAUUGGGUCAUUGGAGGAAUGCUUCUUGGGUUGCAUUGUGUGGUGGCCGCAGCAUGGCUUAUCAUACAGGCAUCAGUACUAAAAAAAUACCCAGCAGAGCUCAUUAUAGUCUUUUACUAUUGCUUCUUUGUGGCUAUUCAAUCUGUAGUGGUGUUGUGGUUUGUGGAGAGAGACUUAAGUGCUUGGGCCUUAAACUCUAGAUUAAGGUUCUUUGCUGUUCUAUACUCGGGAGUUUUUGGAUCAGCGUUCCAGGUUGGUGUAUCUACGUGGUGUCUUAACAGGACAGGGCCAGUUUUCGUAUCUAUGUUCAAGCCUCUGGGGAUUGUAGUUGCAGUUGCCAUUGGUGUUAUCUUCUUGGGUGAUACUUUCUACCUUGGAAGUUUGAUAGGAGCAAGUGUAAUUGUCACUGGAUUUUACUCUGUGAUAUGGGGCAAAGCCAAUGAGGAGAAGAUGAAUGAUGAAGCAGGGGCUGGGAGUUUGACAUCAAAGAAACAGCGGGUUCCAUUACUGCAUAACAUUAUUGACGAAAUCUAGAAAUUCUUACAGCAUAUACACCCAGUCGAGUCAUGUAUAGGCAUGAGGAUAUUUAUGAACAUGGGGAGCAUGAUCAAGGAUAUCAGCAUGAGUUUCCAGGGUCAAACACCAAAGCUGUCAUGAGAGCAACAGUUAUGUGGAAAGCUACUCUGGUUUGGAAGUGAAACCUACUCUUGCUCUCGGGUUCAGAAUCCAGAUGUAUGAUCUCCUUCAUCAGUUGUAUUCGUAAGUAAAUUAAUACUCAAUAGUACACAAAUAAGUCAUAAGAGU